UUGGACACCAUGCUCCUGAAGAACGGGGGAAGGGGCAUCGGAUCGAAGGUGGAGGAGAGCAGCAGCGCAGCCACAGUUUUAGCUCAGAACAUGCUUUGGUGCCACUGCUACCACCACUGCCCUGAAGACUCGGUCAACAACACUUGCAUGACUGAUGGUUACUGCUUCACUAUGGUGGAGGAGGAGGAGGGGGGGAUUGCUGUACUCACUGCAGGUUGCCUGGGACUGGCUGGCUCUGAGUUUCAAUGCAGAGACACGUGGAACGCACGUUCAAGGAGAGCUCUCGAGUGUUGCACGGAUCAAGACUUCUGCAACAGAGACUUGCAUCCCACCCUUCCUCCACUCAUGACAUCAAAUUACCACAGUAUCCAGUACAUGGCUCUCUUAAUUUCAGUCACAGUUUGCAGCAUCAUCCUUGGUAUCAUCCUCGUAUUUUGUUACCUAAGAUAUAAACGGCAGGAGUCACGGCCACGUUACAGUAUCGAUCUGGAGCAGGAUGAGACCUACAUUCCCCCUGGGGAAUCUCUGAAGGACUUAAUAGAGCAUUCCCGCAGCAUUGGGUCUGGCUCUGGGUCAGGACUCCCUCUACUGGUGCAGCGCACCAUCGCCAAGCAGAUUCAGAUGGUUAAGCAGAUUGGAAAAGGACGAUAUGGAGAAGUCUGGAUGGGCAAGUGGAGAGGAGAGAGAGUGGCUGUCAAAGUCUUCUUCACCACUGAGGAAGAAAGCUGGUUCAGAGAGACUGAAAUCUAUCAGACCUUCCUGAUGAGACAUGACAACAUACUGGGAUUCAUUGCAGCUGACAUCAAAGGAACCGGCUCGUGGACUCAGCUGUACCUAAUUACAGACUACCAUGAGAAUGGCUCUUUAUAUGACUACCUCAAGUCCAACACCUUAGACGUCAAGGCUCUUUUGAAGCUGGCGUAUUCCUCCAUAUCAGGCCUCUGUCAUCUCCACACUGAGAUCUACGGCACACAGGGCAAACCAGCUAUUGCGCACAGAGACCUGAAGAGCAAAAACAUCUUGGUUAAAAAGAAUGGAUCCUGCUGUAUUGCAGACCUCGGUCUGGCUGUCAAGUUUAAUAGUGACACCAAUGAAGUAGAUAUCCCUCCUAACCUACGCGUUGGAACAAAGCGCUACAUGCCACCUGAAGUGCUGGAUGAGACCCUCAACAGGAGCCACUUCCAGUCUUUUAUAACUGCUGACAUGUAUAGUUUUGGCCUUAUUAUCUGGGAGAUGGCCCGACGAUGCAUCUCUGGAGGUAUUGUGGAGGAACAUCAGCUGCCCUAUUAUGACCUCGUCCCCUCCGAUCCUUCAUAUGAGGACAUGAGAGAAGUAGUUUGCAUAAAAAAACAAAGACCUUCAUUUGCUAAUCGAUGGAGCAGUGAUGAGUGUCUACGACAGAUGGGGAAACUCAUGUCGGAGUGCUGGGCUCACAAUCCAACUUGUCGCCUCACAGCCCUAAGGGUGAAGAAGACUCUUGCAAAGAUGUUAGAGUCUCAAGAUAUCAAACUGUGACAGAGAGUCCACAGAAUCAUAUCAUCUCCCAGAGUCUCGUCAUUACCACUGGCACAGGCCACUCAAGCUGGCCAGAAGAAAGGGAAGAAAAAAAAGAGAGACUGUGAAUAAUAGAACAAAGAUAACUGACAGGGAGGAUGAGUGAUAGAGAUAAUGGUCACCGAAGGGGCAGAAUAAUGAUAUAUACCAAAAAAUUUAUUAUAUCAGGGGACAUCUGCCCUACCAUUGUCUGAGGCGCCUCUCCCUCAGUGUUCAGACUGUGCUUUCUGUGAAAGCUGAGUGGUUUUUGGUUCCAGACUGUUCAGGGGGCCUUGCAGGACUAAAAUCGGGAGGAUGCUCUUGCGCUGCUCCUCUAAAGCCAUAUAGCAGUAUUCUACAGGCAGUCUUUUGUA